UUUACAUCAAAUGCGGUUCUUGCUGACCUGUGCCGGAAAUGACCUUGAAAGGAAAUUGUAUUUUACUGUCAGUCAGUGUUGUUGACAAUCAAGUCUCAGCUGAGAUGUCUUGGCUUUCGUUCAAGAGCAGCUGAUUCACGAAAGUUGUGAUGACCGGCCUGUAGGGGAAUGACACUACAUUUAGCAAUUCCUCGCCGAAUGUUACAGAAAAGGUUCAAGAUGGCGGCUGCGUGCGUCCUAUUUCUUCUUAUGUGCACUGUGGAUCAGAUCUACCACCUGGCCUCCCCGGCCUCCCCUCCCAACUACAUGUACAACCCCAUCAAGACCUUGAAGACCAACACUCUGGGCACCAUCAACAUGCUGGGGCUGGCGAAGAGAGUACGAGCUCGUCUGCUGCUGGCCUCCACAUCAGAGGUCUACGGAGAUCCAGAGCUUCACCCCCAGAAUGAGGACUACUGGGGCCAUGUAAAUCCUAUCGGGCCCCGUGCCUGUUAUGAUGAGGGGAAGAGAGUUGCUGAGACCAUGUGCUAUGCAUAUGAGAAGCAGGAGAAUGUAGAGGUUCGCGUCGCUCGUAUCUUCAAUACCUUUGGCCCUCGCAUGCACAUGAAUGAUGGCAGAGUUGUCAGUAAUUUCAUUUUACAAGCAUUGCAAAAUGAAUCUAUCACUGUGUAUGGUGAGGGUGAGCAGACACGGUCAUUCCAGUACGUUAGCGACCUGGUGGACGGCCUCAUGUUGCUGAUGAACUCCAACUUCUCGCAGCCCGUCAAUCUGGGCAACCCUGAGGAGCACACCAUCAUGGAGUUUGCAGAGAUCAUUCUCUCCAUGGUCGGCGGAGGCAGCAAAAUAGUCAAGAAGACGGCAAUGGAGGAUGAUCCACAGAGAAGAAAGCCGGACAUUAGCCGUGCAAUGAAAUACCUGGGGUGGAAGCCCAUGGUUCCCCUGAAGUUGGGGCUGAACAAAACCAUCGCGUACUUUCACAACGAGCUACGUCGCUCCAGGCACAGUGAACGAAACUUUCACAUGCCGCAGGUGUUCCAAGUCUGAUCCUACACUCACGGGCAUCUUUCAUAACAUUUGUCGCGUGUUGAUGCUGCUGUCAGACUCUGUGUGCCUGGGGGAGGGCUGAGUGGAAACUUUCAAUAUUCAAGUGCCAUGCUCAUGGGGAUGACGACAGAGACGAUGACGAUUUAAAAAAAAAAAAAAGUGUAAACCUUAAAGAGUGUGAAAGGAGAAAGUUCCAGGUGUGGAGGAGUGUGGAUGGCUGUGCUGUGAGAUGUUAGGGUGGUGACUAGAGAACAAAUAUAUGUUUAAACAGGCCAUGGCUUCUCUCUUUCUGUGUCAGAAGGGGUUUCUGCAGCUGUGAAAGAUGGGCACGUUGUUCUUUCAAUGUAAAUGUAAAUGUGAGUGGUGGGAAGUGGUGUCGGUGUGAAAGAUCAGUGACCGGAUCAAAAAACAAAAUAAGCAUGUUAGAUUGUAUCAGAAUGAGAGAAAAGGAGUGCAAAGGCAAGAAGUGAAAAUAGGCACAGAUGAAAGCUAAGAACUAUACAAGAAGUUAGAUAAAGAUUUAAAAAACCUAACUAAUAAAUAAUGUAGACUGAGUGGGUUUAAGCACUAGAAUAAGGUGCUUUUUAAGACAGGUAAUGCCACAUAGAUGUCAAUGAUGUCUUGUGAAUUUCUGCCGAAAGCGUGAAGAUGACGCGUAUGCCACCAGGCGCUGUGUUUUAGUUAAGAAUGACAGUUUGGAUCAAAAUAUCCUGAACAGUUAUUUUAUAUACUUGAUUUUAUGUACAAUGACAGUUGAGAGCUUUCCUUGACAUGGACUUUAAACAUUUUUUAGGUGGUAACAUUGUCUCAGUAAUGAAUGUCAGUGUAGUUUUCAUGGAGAAGUAGGUCAACUUUGUCUCAAAACUUUUAUCUUUCAUUAGUCGCCAUCAUUAUUUCAUCUGCCAGGGAGUGUCUGAGAGUACAUGAAUUGUGCAUGUGUGUGUUUUUAUGGUGGCAAAGUCACAUGUCUUGCAGCACAACUAUCUGCCUUAUUUCUUAAAGGUUGAUAGAAAGCUCUGCUUAUUUUUCUUUCUCCUUAUUAUUCUUUUAAGGGUUGUUUUCACGAACAGACACGCUCAAAUGUUUACAACAAUUAGGGCAAGAAGGAUGAACAUCCGCACAAUACUGAGCAUGAAGAUUUGCAGGACCUUUGUAUUCAAGAUGCCAUUUGUCAUUUGGCUCCAUCGCUGUUGUUGUUUGUGGUAGCUCCACAUAAAGCCAACAGAGUUUGCCGCCAUCUUUCUCUGUCUCUGUUGAGUUCAGCCAACCCCCUUGUGGCCUGGAUGUAACAGAGAGAAAUGUACUAACACUAGAUACAUUUUUGACAAGGAGGAAAAAAAUACAAAGUGUCAAGAAAGACUGAAAUAGGAAGGAGUGUGGUCUACUGUUCACAUUUAAGGAACAAGUUUUGAGCAAGACUGUAAACAAAGAGAACAGCUUAGUUGUCUUGCAGCAAUAGAGAACAAUGACAAUAAGAGAUAAUGUAAAAAACCGUUUGUUGUAAUGUUAUGUAAAGUGAAUACAUUUAUUGCUUGAUUUGCUUGAAGUAUGGAUACAUAUAUUUAUGAACUGUGCUUAGCUGGUGAUGGGUGUGUGACUUGGUCAACGUGUGUCUUGGGUCUGAAAUGUGAGGUCUGGAAUUUAGACACCAAAAAGGGGGAAUUCUUCUGUUUUUUAGUAUUAUGUAAGAAAUAUCUCACUGUUUUCGUUGUAAGGAAAGAUGCCGAAUGAGUGAGAUACAGAUGGUUGUGGGUAGUGGUUAGGUGCUUCGCAGUUGCAUGCACAAAACUUGAGGUUGAUUCCCAUGUGAGGAAAAUUUUUAUCGAGUAUUUUGGGCUUUCCACUGGGACAUUGUUAUGCCACUCAGCCUGGGUUUGCCCUAGCACUAACAGGUAGGCUUUAAAGUCUCUAACUAAAUGAUGUAGGUUGUGUUGGUGGGGGGCAUGAUACACCUACAUUAAGAUUAUGAAACAAACACCAUAAGCUGAUAUUUAUAUUAUACUGACAACCUACAAAGUAAAACCACCUACUUUUUUUUGGUUUUAAAUUUACGAGUUAGCCAACUAGUGACAGAGUAUUAACGUUGGAGACUGUCUCAUCACUGUAUAAGCUGAAAAAAUGUCCAAUAACCGCACAAGUAUGACAACUGAUUGUUUUAAUGGAAAAAGUCUCGAAGUCCAUGUCGGUCAUACUAUUGUUUUAUUGUUAUAUAUAUACUGACUUCUUUUAAAGUAUUUAAAGUGAAAUGAACCUUCUAUAGUUGAAUAGUGAUAAUAUAGUUUCUACUGUCAAUGUCUGACGAUGACCAAUGCAUCUGCAGAGAAUAUUUCUCUAGAGAAAUAGAAGAAAUAAGGGUCAAGAGGACUCGUGACUUCUGUUAUGGCGAAUAAGACCAAUUUUGGCAGUUUAGAGUUUGCCAAAUUUUGAGCUUUUAAGACGUUUGUUUCCACUUGUGGAUGUGUGCAGCCUGCGGUCUUCCCUCUUGGCUUCAGCGUUUUCUUAUUUGUGAAUACUCAUACUACUUGGUGCCCACUCUGUGACUGCCACUCUCCAAGUGGAUUUGUCAAGAGCAAGGCUCUCCCAAGUCAAAGGGUUAAUGUUUGAAGUUUUUCAGAGACAUUUCCAGGGUGUCUUUGGUGUGCCAACUGUAUGCUUCCUUAAGGAUAGCUGAGAAUAGAGUGGAUUAGUUUUUAAGAAUAAAAAGGCAAAUAAAGAAUAAAAUGUGACAGGGUUUAUUCAUAAACAGAAAACAGUAGUGGUUGUCGGCAAACUUCAAAUUUAUGAUUUCCAAGAAGUUAGAAAAUGUGACAGCAUUAGAUUUUCUAUCGAGCCAUUCUUAUGUUUUUCAUUUUAUAAAGAGGAAGUGAAUCACAAUAUUAGACUUGUGGAAUUGAGUCUGAAAUCUCCCCACCCCCACCAUCUUUUUAUAUGCUUGAAAAAAUCUACAUUCACAAAAUCAAGGAGAUAGUUUUUAGAACUGAGUGGUUAGCUGUGUAUUUUCUCACACAUUGCAUGUCUUUUCGAGUCCGUGAAAAUUCCCCCCAACAACCGAUGGAAUUCCUCUGUUUUGGUGCCUGGACCUUAGUUUUUUUAAACAUGUGUAUAUUUGUUGUUGUUGUUGUUGUUGUUGGGCAACCUGUGCUAGUAUGUGUCAAAAUGUCAUUGGUGUUGCAAGCAGUUCAUGCAAGCCUGACCCUUAACACUUACAGUACCAAAGGCUCCUAUAGUGAAAAACCCUCUAGUAGCGCACCAGUUUAGAACGCUGAAGCCAUGGUAGAAUAUUUUAUAAAUUCUCAACCAUUCAGCUGUCACAUAGAGUGACUUCCUUUGGUAUUCGAUUUAGUGCAAUGGGGGUUUGUUGUUUAAAUAUGUUUAGUGUGCCUGGUUGAGUUGGAGACUUAAGUUGCCGGCGGAAAUAAGCGCAUACUACAGCCUGGGGUACUAAAAGUGUUAAAUUUAACUUUACAAAGUCCUUCCCAAGUUGACAGCAAAGACAGUGUAUACACUAUUCAUAUUUUUGUGCACAAUCACAUGCUGACUGUUGCUUUCAGAGUUGUUAAAGUAAAGUGGCAUGAAUUUUGCUUUUAAAAUUCUUAACGAUUGAACAAAUUGUUAUUAUGUAUUUUUAUGCUCAUUUAAUCAAAGUUUUACUGUGGUCGAAAUAUUUCAAACUUGUAUAGGGAGAUUCCGCAUGCUCCCAAUCACUGAAACGGGCAAAAUUAAUUUGUUUUAUAUGGAAAAGAACUGCUUGCAACACAAGGGAAUAUGUAUAAUAUGCAAGUUUGUUGGCUUGUUUCUUUGGUUCAAGGAUGAAUGGAGCGAGGAGUGUGGAGUGCCUGAUACCGAUGGUGAAUGUGAAAGUGUUGUGAGCUCAGCAGAGUGGAGAGAUGUUCUUUGUUGUUGUGUUAUUUACCUGUCCUGUAUAUCAUGUAUUAUUAUUGUCUUGUAUGAGGAACAUGGACAAAUCCUGUGUAAUGUGUCAAGUGUGCCAUUUUAUUACUGCUGUGUCAGUGGCAGUGGCAAUGAGAUGUGAGGCUGAAAGUUGGAAUCAGGGGCUGUUCCUUUGUUAAGUAAAGUGGCUGAUAUUUUUUUUUACAUUUUGGGUUAUUCUUCCUCAUUGCACUCCUUUUGGUAUCUUUAAUGAGGGUUUUUUCUGUUAUGAUUUUUGCCUCUUUUUUUAUCGUUCUAAUUGUUUUUCAUAAAAAUUGUUUGGCAGUUAGUAUAAUAUUAAUGUUAUCCCUUUAUGAGUCUCAUCGGAUGUCCUGCUGUUUCUUUGACCUUAGAUGAGCAUCAUUUGCUGAUAUCUUUUGUUUAUAUAAAGCACAAACCUGAUACUGUCCUUGCUCUUUUAUGUCAAUUGGGAUCCCUGUGCAUUUAAAAUUGUGGUCUAUAGAUACCCGAUAGGGUUUUGGUAUAGAUUGUGUGCUCUUUGAAAUUUACUCGUUAAAGAAGAUCUGACUUGAAAUGGUGAUGCUAUUCUUCAUUUCUCUGCAUCUGUGGCGGAUGAGUGAAAAGAGCAGAUAUAUAUAUGUUGAAUGAUUGUACCAUACGUAAUUAAUUGGUGUUGGUGACCACUUUGUUCUUCGUAACAUACUUUGACUUAUGGAAGAAUCUCUCUUACGUUCAAUUAGCUUUGUUUUUGUCUGAACAAAAUCUUGAUCUGUGACUUCUCUUUUAUGGAUUGAUGACUGUGGUAGUUCUCACUCCAGUUUUUCCAAUACUCCAGUCAAGGACAGCUUUAUUCUGUUCUGCGAGUCAAUUGUUGAAGAAUGUUAUCCGUGGAAAAUAGCUGUUCUUUUACUGCAUUUUGAUGUUCAGAAAUUGGGGGGGGGGAGAUAAUGAAUCUUUUAAGUACUGUGUCAUUUCUCAGUGGGAAGCCAUCUCAAUGGCAACGAAUGGAGUGAGUUUGUAGAGAGAAACUGAUUCAUUCAUAGGAAGUCCACUCUCUCUUGGGAAUAGUAAAUCUUCUGGAUUCUCACAGUUGAGAGUUUCUUGUGGGAGAAAGAAUUGUUGAUAUUGAAAUGUUGAUGUGCAGGAGGAUAACCUUACGGCCUGAUGUGUUUUCAAUGAGUUAGAAAUUAACAUGUAAGUAGUUAUUUUGCGUCACUAGAAAAGUCCAGUUUCAGUUGCAUGUUUGUUUGAAUGAAAACGUGUCUUUUGAGGCAUUAGAACAAAUGAUUUCAUUUUGCUUUAGUGUAGUGUGCAAGUUGUCAGAUCAAUUUCUUUUUCUUUUUUGACUGGAAAUGUUAUAUCUCAUUACGAUUGUCACUGACACAGAUAAUGUCUUUGAAUAUCAUGUAUCACAUUGUAAUAUUGUAAUGAAUUGUAAUGUAAAUGAAUGAAUUUUUUUUUUUUGUGGAUGAAAUUGAAUAAGCCUGUAAGACGAUGAUUGUCGCAUUAAACAUUCCCCCCUAUGAAUGUACAAAGUUUGUGAGAAUUUCUCUAUUUGUUUUCUUACUUGAAUCUUGUUGAUGCUGUCACUGGAAGUAAGCCGAAUAGAUACGGUAGUUACAAUUCUCUCUGUCUUGGGAGCAACUCCUUCUCAUCAUUACCUGCCUGAAGCCUGUUUCUCUUGUAUUUGAUCCAGUUGUUUUAAGUGUGGAAAAAACAUGUCAAAGAGAGGCAUACAUUUUCUCCAAGCUCAAAUAUUAGUGUCUCUAAUGCAUUGACAAUCCUUACAAGAUUUCAAGACGCAAUACAUCAUGGAGUUUGAGGAGAAAAAGCUUUGUAUUUGUCGUGUUCCAUAACAAUUCACUGUACUGUAUGGUUUGCGCUGUCGUUCUUGCUGUUGGGCUUGUUAAGUACUCUCCUCUUCUUUACAUGUACAUGUGUACAGUAAUAGUUAUACGAGGUGUAUCUCAUAAAGAAGUUUCCCUGCGUUACAUUGCUCACAAAUAUACUUAUCAAAACUGAAGUAUUAAAAACAAAUCUUUAUGAUAUUACCUAUUCAACUCAUGCUCCAUAAAGGUAUACAUAUUUUCCCAAGCGAUGCACACAGCUUUUGAAAAAAUGAACCAGUCUUUAAGGCCCUUACUCCUUUCUUAGACCCAGCUUUAGUCUCAUGUGCAUCCUUAAAUCUCAGAACAUGAAGCAUUUCUUUCCGUUAAAAAGAAAAUAUAAAAAAGUCAUUAGGGGUUGAGUCUGGCAAAUAGGGUGCAAAUCCCACAAAUAGCUGUUGAGAAUUCAGAGACCCUUUUAUUGGACAGCUAGGGCCUACAUUGUCAUCGUGAGAGAUCAAGACAGAUUCCAGCUUACCGUCUCAUUUUUUCAAACGAAUGGCUGGACUCAAUUUGUCUUAUUACUGAUCUGAAGUAUUCACUUUUUACAGUGGUGCCAAUGGGAACUUGCCAACACAAAAUUAUAGUUCAAAUGAAAAUAGGAUGAUACAACAACUUUUGGUCAGAGAUUACAAAUGUGCGUAUUUCUAUAACGUCAUAAAAUUCCUGCCUUUUUGUUAAAAUGGUUCUGAAGUUACAGAGAAGGGAAACUGCAUUAUGAGACACACCUGGUACAUUCAAGAAUUGGCUGUGGUUUCUCCUACUUAUGUUUUCGAUUUAGAUACAUUUUUAAGACAGAAAAAUGUGAAUUGGACUGGGCAGAUGUAAUGUAUGGAGGAAGGGUCAGGGCUGAGUAUCAGGUUUCUUUUUUUUAAAAGAUAUGCUCAGUAUUUUGGAAUUAACUGCACAGAGCUGAUAUACAUGAAAAAGUUAAAAGUAAAGAACUUGACUCGUUCACUGGUGACUUACUUAACUAAACACUGAAAAUCCUCCCAGUGGGAAUUCCCAGCACAUAAAGCACAGCCUAUGCCUGACACACUGAAACUAUUUGUGUAUGUACCUGGAGAAAGCUCCCAGUUGUCAGAUGUUUUGAAUAUUGAAAUAAGGGCUUAAAUGCCACUUUUUGUAACUCAAGGUGUAAAAACAAAGUUUGGAGAAAACCCCCUUUUUAAAAAACUUAUUAACCUUUGGUGAAGACCGACAUGUUGCAAAAAUAACUAAUGAAACAAUAUUUAGACUUACAAUAUUAUAAAAUCCUUUCAAGAUGUUUUUAUUAAAUGGUUAAACAUGUGUUUUCUUAUGGAACUAAAUUUUUGACAUGGUAUGACUUUCUUAGCCUUUCCACCCUCUUGCUCAUAAAUAGCUUUGCCGACAACUGGGACCUUUCUCCAGGCACACACAUUUUGUUGUUGUCAUUCCAUAAGUGUGUUAGCCUUUUUUUUUUUUUAAGUUCCAUGCAGAUUGCCUUGAUCAGAAAUCAGAACCAUGACUAUAGCCUAUAGUACUGGUGAUUUUUUCAAUUAAAAACCAGAAAAGAAGUAAUGAAACAAAACAAAAAUAUGUUGUAAGAUGCCCCGUGAAGUGUUUCUUCAGUUAAUGACCUUAUCUGGAAAUCCCAAGAAAUUGAUUAGGGUUGUAUGGAAAGACACUGAUGAUUUUCAAUUGGGAGUUAAAUUUUAUAUUUUGGGGCUCAAAGAUGGCAAUCAAAGAGGGUUAGAUCUAUAUAUAUGAUUACGAAAUACUAACACAUCCCAUUACUGACGUCUGGGGUGUAGUUGUUAGGUGGUUCACCAUUGGAUGCAGAAGACCUUGAGUUCAAAUGCCUUGUCGGGAAAAUUUGUGUCAUUCCUCUCUCUCAACCAAAGUUGGUUGUGACAGGCAGGGUCGAAGCCCACCAUUUGAACGAUCUAAAUUGUGUGUAAAGGGAUGCAGAAUCAUCUGCUUUUAAAAAACAUGCACAUCGUGAAAUUGGCGGGAUGCAACAUUUUUUGUCAUGUACGAAUUUCGCUAUGUACAUGUUUUAAAAGAAUACAUAUAGAUCUAUAUAUAUAUAUAUAUAUACAUAUACGGAAAAUUUCAGAAUCUGAAAAUCUGUUGGCUAUGAGCCUAUAUUGCUGUGCGUGCUAGACUGCAUUUUGUAUAUUAUCCCAUUGUACCGUACAAUGAUGGGAUGGCCAGGAUAUAAGCUUAAAUACUUUCUUGCAAGGCUUCUUGAUAUGAAAGCCCUACAGAAUAAUAGAUAUACUGAAAAGGUGACCCUUACCAAUAGUUUGAGUUUAAGGUAGUGGGUCCCAAAUAUUGGGGCUCAUAUAGUUCUCAUGCCUUGUCUGUCAUGAUGAAAUAAUUUUAUAAGGGGGGUGGGGGGGAUGGAGAGAUGUCCUCAGCUUUUGGCUGAGCAAUUUAUGUUGAUGAGAGACAGGCAAUAUUAUUUUUUAUGUAUUAUAUGCAUACCCUUGUCUCUUGUUUUCCCUGUAGUUUUGCCAUAUCUAGCAAUAUUGCAUAAACUGGUCAUUCUGUACACUGUUGAUUUCCAGCACAUGGUUUGGUUUUUGGAUGCUUUGGGUUUGUUGUUGUUGGUUUGUUUUUUUCCAAUAUGUUAUUUUUUCUUGUACUUGUAGCCAUUUUUUAAAUGAAUACUGUAUACUGUAAAGUACAUAUUUUAUACACUGCCUCUUAUUGCUCUGCCUUCUCCUCCUACCAUGCUUUUUGUUCCCCUCCCCCCUUUUUUUUUCGGUCAGUUCCUCAGCUCCUGUCCUUCCCAUGGAUUUGUGGAGAGAAGAUGGUGCAUGAUCAUCUUCUCUCCAUUCUCUGAGAUAUGACUCCCCCCCCACCCCCUCCCUCAACUAUAACACAGUUCACUUUCAGUACAGUAUACUCACUUGCUAUCACAUGGAAACUCUUGAACUUUGUAAUGGUCUCUGUCCCAGUUUCCCCUAUAUUCCUUGGCUUUCUACCAGGGAUGCCGCUUUUCCGUUUUUUUUCCUGUUACUGUUAUCUUCGCUAGAAGAACAGUUAUUAUUCUAAGCAUUUAUUUUCUGUUUAAUCUCAUGUUUGUUCACUCUCUUUUUGUUUGCAACUACAACUUUGUAAAUUUUCAGGUAUUUUCACAAAAUCCGAGUGACAUCCCUGGGCCACUUUUAAGGUAUAAUUGGCUUUGAAAAUGUAUUUAAAAUAACUUCUGUUGUAGGUCAUGUAUUAUUCUUUUUACUUCUUUUGUCUCUCUCGGAAUGACAAGUCCAAGUUUUCGUUUUAACAACAACAAAGAACAAUUUUUAAACAUUUCUGAAGGACCUAAGAAAUCCCAAAUGCUCUUUGAAUUGUAAUAAAGAAAUACUUCCCCAAAA